GGAUCGAUGUGUCAGAAAAAAAAUAUUAUUGAUAAUAUUUCGGUUAAAAUAAGUCAAUUUUUGCCAGCAUGCUUGGCAUUUGCCUUACUGAACGAAUUAAUCAUUUUAUUUUAUUUUAUUUCGUGUUAUGAGAAAAUUUUGUCUUAUCCGCAUACCAAGUCCAUUAUCCGUCGUUUAGUUGUACCUUUCUAUGUCACAUGAUAUGAAAAUGGCGGCUACGCUGAUUUCCCCAAAAGUGGAAUCCCCGAUAAAUAAAAUGGAUUUAUCAAGUGAAUUGAACGGUUUUAUGGACCGCGCAACUGAUAAUUUAUUGUUGAAAGACUUUGUUGAUUGUCGAUAUACGUGCUUAAGCGGAAUAACACGUGCUAAACAGUUUAUUGAAGAUGAAAGAGCCCAAGAUUGCAUUGAACGUCUUUGUGUUUUGUGUAUUCAGGCAUUGGCUGAAAUGAAUAAAUGGCAAGAUGUAUUACCAUUGAUUCAAGAUGUCUACAACAGUAUUGAACUUUGUCCUAGUUUAGUGAUACAAUUGUGUAUAUUAUUACAUGCAAGAGUGAAGGAAUAUUCUCAGUGUCACGCCCUAGCAAGUUUAUGGUUAAGAAAUGAAGAUAACUCUUACAAACCAGGUUAUGACAGAGUUGCUGCCCUUUAUAUUGAACAUGUUAUGCUUCCACAAGACAGAUUUCUAUUAGUUCCACAGUUUUUAAACUCGUGCACAUUCCUGACUCAAGAUAUGAAGGAUAAAAUGUUAAAACAUUGUGAAAAACUUAAUGUAAAAUUACAAGAAGAUUCUAAAUCGAAAAACACAGAAACAUCAAAAGAGAAGGAUGCUGUUUGUGAUGAGGAGGAACCAAAAAAUAUAGAAGAGUCAGAAUCUUCAAUUAUGAAACACAUGAAGUACUUUGGUUGUUUACUUGCCAGCAAACUUUCCUUCCCAACAUUUGAUAUUUUAUGGAAGAUUGCAGUAGCUAUAGUGAGUUGUUGUGUGUUGGCUAAAAUUUUCCUGAAAGGUAAUUCAUCCUUGUAUCUUGGUAAAUUGACAUUGAUCUGGCAAUACAUGUUGACCACAUUGAAAGCUAUAUUUACACCUUAUAGACCAGGAAGAUAAAAACAAGGGUCAAGUGUCAUUUGAUAAUUGAGGCAAGUGUAAUGCGAAGUAAAAUGAGAUAACAAUGCUUUGGAGUUUUGUAAAAGACGUGAAGUCAUUAGCAUUCCAAAAACAUUCAUAAAAAUAUUGAGAGACCAUCAUGACCAAGUGGCCAGGGUAGCUGAUAAAGAAUCAUAUGCAUAUCGUUCACUGCAAGGGAUUAGUGUCUCUUUCAUGUGAAGAACCUAUCUUAAAGGCAUGGGUUUGCUUGUUCUUGAAAAAUGCACAAAGUGUCACCUGACUUCUUCCGGGGAAAAAGAUUGCUGGAAGGUUAUGCCAUAUGUGAUAUUACCCAACCAAAAAAAAAAAAAAAAAUGAAAAUAUUGAUAAGACUUAUGUAGGCACAGUUUGAUUGGUACUAGUAUGAUAACAAUAAAUGCCUACAGACUAUUCCUUAAGCAGUAUUACUUGACAGUAACUUUGGGUUGUUAAGUUUUAACCUAACCUAAGUUGUGAUUAUUACUUUUCUAUAGUAAUGUGGUUGGAAACAUUUAAAACUUUUGAUCUCAAGCUUGUAUAGUUUUAAUGCUCUCUUUGAAUGUUAUAAGUUUAGCAUAUAUAUAAUAUAUACAUUACCUAUCACAUUAACUUACCAUUUCUCAUAGCAUCUUUAUUUGUUGACUGAUAUUUAAGAUAUCUAGUGUGUAGGAACUAUCCAUUGACCUUUGAUCCUAGGACCGCUAUCAUUUUCGCUUUACUAGGUCAAGGUCACUGAGGCUAAAAAUAGAUUUUUUGCACUUUUUUAUCUCACUUUGUUAAUUAUUUUUUUAUUAGCAAUGUCAAUUGGACAUCUUUGAGUUUCCUACCUUGUUGGACCAAUAAAUAUUGUAUAAAAUAUUUGUUUC